AAUUAGUGUUGAUUUUAAAUCUGAUUUGGAAAAUUCUUGUGGUUUUUGUUUGUGAAUUUUUUAUUGUUUAAUCUCUCCGUAAUUUUUCUGUCACUUCAGAAAGAGUUGGAAAAUUGCGAUUUUACAUUAUUUUCUCUUUCUGUGUGUGCUAUUUUACGUUUGAAGAAAGAAAAUUAUGUAAUUUUCUGUCUGGAGAUCUCAAAAUCGUUACAUAAUCGAAAAUAUCGAGCAACAUUGUGUGCACACAAAAAAAUGCAAAUUUAGUAAAUCGAAGUGAGUUCAGAUUAGUCUAUUAGAGGUGUUCAUAACUCUUCAACUGAUUAGGUCGAUACGCGGAAAUCGAUUAGAUUCUACACAUAUAACACGUUCACGUAGAAUUCACUUCCUGGAUUGGCAUUUUUCUGCCGUGCUGUACAUCUCGCAUCGCAGCUGUGAAACAUUCGCGACAAUAUAACCCUCAGCACUGAGAGUGGAAAAAUACAAGCAAAAAGUAACGCGCUGUACUUUGAACUUCCAGAGAAGUAAAGAAAGAGAGAGAAAACCGGUCAGAAUGCUUGUACGCGAUGAAGAAAAUCUCGAGGCAACAUCCAAAGUAAUCAAUGAGGAGUUUAAGAAGGCACGCUGGUGUCUUCGUCCCGAUUCCAACAACAAUGACACAAACAACAAUGAAAUACUGAUCGGUGACGAUUUGUCCAUUGAUCGAUCGUCGAUCAAAUCAUUUUACCGUAACGCUUGCAUUCUAGUGACGGGCGGAACUGGUUUUGUUGGAAAAGUAUUGCUUGAAAAAUUGCUGAGAACUUGUGACUCGUUGCAAUGUAUUUAUGUGCUGCUUCGCUCGAAACGUGGUCUAAGCAGCGAAGAAAGAUACCAUGAACUCAUUCAGAAUCCGGUGUUUGAUCGUAUACGAGAAUCAAAUCCGGAGCGUUUGCAGAAAAUUGUUUUCAUUGCGGGCGAUAUUUCGAAAGCGAAUAUCGGUGUAUCGAAUUCAGAUCUUCAUAUGCUCAAGGAAAAUGUGAACAUUGUAUUUCAUUCGGCAGCAACGGUACGGUUUGAUCAAAGCAUCAAAGAAGCGGUCAAUUUGAACACUUUAGGCAGCAUGCGACUUUGGGAUCUAUGUUCACAAAUGCAAAAUCUACGUAGCAUCAUACACGUUUCAACGGCAUUUACCAAUCCAACACGUUCGAAUGUAGGCGAACAGGUGUAUCCACCGAAAGUCGAAAUGGAUUUGAAUACAUUUAUCAAGUGUGCCGAUGCGUUGCCAGAAGAUUUAGUGGCGAAAAUUGCAACGCAUUUGCAAGGAACGCAUCCAAAUACAUACACGAUCACAAAAGCAAUGGCCGAACAAAUGGCAAGAGAAUAUCACCACAAAUUGCCGAUUACAAUUGUACGACCAUCGAUAGUCACGUGUGCUUUGGCAGAACCAUUUCCCGGAUGGGUUGACAAUGUCAAUGGAAUAACCGGAAUCAUCAUGGAAAUUGGACGUGGCACACUAAGCAGUAUCAUGUGCGAUAAUCGUCUCAUUCUUGACGUCAUUCCCGUUGACAUUACAUGCAAUAUGAUUAUAACGGCCGCUUGGCUCAGUUUCUUCAAACCAAGCCCAAACAUUCGUGUGUACAACUGCAUAUCGGGUCAGUUGAAUACAUUAGAUUGGGAGACGUGUCGUCGAAAGGUGUUAAAAUAUUCCCACAUUUAUCCUAGCAAAUAUGUAAUGUUGUAUCCGAAUUUUUCGUAUCGAACCAAUCGUUUUGUGCACUUUUUCUACGAAAUAUUUUUGCAUUUUUUGCCGGCAUAUUUGUACGAUUUUGUGCUUCGUUACAAAGGCAUGAAGCCGAUCAUGUUUAAAAUUGCCAGGCGAUACAAGACGGCCGCCGAUACUGGUGAAUUUUUCGCACGUCACGAAUACGAAUUCGAGGUGAACAAUGUCAAUGAAUUGCUCUGCGCAAUUUCGAAUGCUGAUGAUGGACAUGAAUUUAUGUGCGACAUUAAACAAUUGGAUUGGGAUGAGUACCUAAAGAGCUAUGUAUGCGGUAUUCGGAAAUAUCUUCUCAAAGAUGAUGAGUCGACCAUUGAUAAAGCACGCCAGACAAUCAAAAGAUUGUACGCGCUAAAACUUAUCAUACAAACCAUAUUUUUCGGCACAAUUGGAUUUAUCAUUUACAAAAUACUUUUCUAACAGCACAAAAUACUCUCAACAUUCUCUUUUAUUCAUCAUUCUAAACGCGAAUUGAAUUAAAUUACCUUAAAAAACUGUCUUAACAUUCUUUAUCUCAACAAGUUUUUUUUCUACAAAAUUCGAUUAACAAAUUAUCCAGAGAAAAAACAAUAUAUAUAUUAUAAAAA